UUUAUAUACACUGACGACGAGACACAAAGAUACUUACUUUUUUCGUCAUGCGAUCUCUCUCACCCACCGCAAACAAGCCUACAACUACUACUACAGGCCUUCCUAUCAGACGGACCUCCUCGCCCCGGAGCAGAAACUAGAGGAAGGGGAAAACAAAACUGAGAAAUAAGCCACUUCGACUGGGGACAAGCCCACUUCUAUUAGAUAAUGAG